GAUAAACUACGUAUCAGAUGAAGAAAAUGAUUUCAAGAGACUCGAGUGUUGGUAUCGCCUCCAGAGCCAUAUAUCAAAACUGAUGGAGGAUCCAUACGAUCGAACAAACCUCGCCAAGAAUACCGGGGCUCAUAGAACCCCCAGAUUGAGCGACGCGUACAGUUUCUUGCAGUCACGAGGAACGAGAGGUGGCCCGGACUCUGAGGCAGCGAGCCAGGCUUCCAAAUUCUUGGACAGGUACUUGGCAAAUGGCCGGCUUUAUGAAGAAAGAACCGCCCAACUCUCGCAUUUGGAACGGCUUAGACGCCUAGAGGGCGUAUUACGCGAGUUCGCAAAUUCAAAGGGCAACAAGCGAUCGGGGGUCGCAGCCACUGUCAAACAAAUAUCGAACCACCUCAAGAGCAUCACGCAAACCGAAACACCAUUUUUGGCAGUGUUCCACCAAUUCCAGUACAACGUGUGUGACUUUAUAGCAACAGUCACCGGAGAAGGCAAAGUCGAUUAUACACGCGCUUUCAGUAAGCUUCGGGACGCCGCUGCCCACAGACAACAGCAAUGGGAGGCCCUGUACAACACCAUCGAGAAACUACGCUCCGAAAUCACGCGGAAGCAGCAAAUUAUCACUUGUUUGGGUUAUCGGCAUGUCCUUGAAAUGCUAUCGGAUAAGGAUUCAGUGCUAGCUCAAUUCACUUUUUCCGGAGAUCCUCCAUCCAGUGCGACUGCUAUUUGGAAAGUCACGUGGCAGCUCGCUGGAAAAGGAGCUCUUCGCCAUGGUUACGGAAUAUGUUCAGCGGGGUACUCCCGGAACGACUGGCACGAGCCUGACGGCUCCCGCUGCCUCUUCACAAAAAAAGCUUCUUCGCUCAUUACUCCAGCAUGACUUCAAUUUUGUGGCGGAGAGGAAACACAAAACAAUUAUGAAGAACACCGGGGCUAUCUCUGUACUCAGCAGUACUCUUGCAUCAUCGACCACCUCCGGAGCGGCCGGUACUUCCGCACUAAUUGCUCCCUCUGGGCUGAGCAGUACUGCUACAUCCAAGACGGCCUUCGGGAAGAGCACUGCUACCGGGUCCGGUACCGUC